ACCAAAAAAUAGUGUCAAACUGUUUGUGAUUGAAUGCAAAUCAAUCAGUAAAGAUGUUCCAUGAGUUUCAACUUGAAUGGCUCAACCAUUAGUUGUUUAUUCAUCAGUGAAAAAGCAAUGGAUGCAAAAAACACUAACACACCACAAGAGUUUAAAUAUAGUUGAAAAGUUGAUUUGGUUGCCAAGAAAAGAAGAUGAAACUCAUGGAACCCAAUGAAAUGGCGAAAAUUGAGUCGCACAAAAUUCUCGCAUCUUUUCCCUUUCCAUUCAAGCUUAAUAGUGAGGUUGCUUUUUUUUCGUUAAUACAUUUUCUUGCUAACCAAGUGUACAAUAAAUUUGAUCAUUAAAUAUUAACCACAUUAGGUUUGAUCGUUAAUCUCCCUGUGAUCAAGGAAAUAGCAUUUAUUCAUUAGGUGAAUCGAGGCAAAAAGUGAAUAAAGAUUUGGGUAAAGAUUUUCAUUUGGAUCACAAAGGGAACCAAGGCAAAAGAAACUAAAGUCAAAUGGACCAAAACUUUUUUAGACACAAACAUCUUUUCACUUUUCUCAACUUUUGGGAUGAUAAUGGCGAUGGCAUUCUGUCAUGGGAAGACUUUAAUCAGUUGGCUGAAAAGUACACCAAACUUCAACGUCGAGGUAAACUGGAGAAGGAAGUUUAUGAUCGUUGGAAGGCAAUUUUUGAAAAAUGGUGGAAUCAGUUGACCUCUUUUGCAGACUAUAAUGCUGAUACUUUUGUUGAAUUUGGUGAAUGGGUUCAAUUUUUUGAGAAACUCGGAGAAACAACCAAAAGCCAUCAAGAUUUACCUGAUUUCCUCAAAACUUAUCUUCAACUAUUUUUCCUCUGUGUCGAUUCAAAUAAAGAUGCUCUAUUUUGCCUGAAGGAUUACAAAAAGUACUUGACAAAUUAUAAAAUGGAUGUUUCAAGAGCUGAAGAAUGCUUUAAAUCAAUGUUAAAUGAAGAAGACAAGGCAAACGGAAAUGCAUUAACAUCAGACCGAUUCAAGGAGCUUGUAUACGACUUUUGGGUUUCAAAGAAUCCAUCCAGUCCAGGAAAGUACAUUUGCGGUCCAUUUGAUUCAGUUGAACAAAGUCAAAUGGAGUCUAAAGUUCAACACAAAGCCAUGUAAAAGCAAAGUAAACAUUGGAACACUGGAAAAGAGAAAAAGAAAAGUUCUGAAAAAGAAGAAAGUCUCUGAUGAAAAUUAAAAUUUACUUGUUCCAAUAACUUGUUGAUGUGUUUAACUUUUCGGUAACAAGAAAAACAUUCUUUACUCUCUUCAAUUAAAUGAUGCCAGUAAUGGCAAAGGUAAACAUG